UUGUGCAAAAGUGAAAAAACUUCCUUAUCCGAUUCUCAAGCAGCAAAACCAGCUGAGGAAUCUUCAGAUUCUCACCAAACCAAGAUUGGUUUUUUUUCUGAAUCUUCGCUCGUUUGUUCAGAUCUGCCACUGUUUCAGCAAGACUGGUGUUAAAAAAAAAAUGAUAAAUGUUAUGAAUCCGCUGAAAGGUGGAUCAGAGAAAGGUUUAGAUCCUCAACUAUGGCAUGCAUGUGCUGGUGGUAUGGUUCGUAUGCCUCCUAUGAACUCUAAAGUCUUCUACUUCCCUCAAGGCCACGCCGAAAACGCUUACGAUUGUGUCGAUUUCGGUAACAUGCCUAUUCAUCCCAUGGUCUUGUGUCGUGUUUUGGCUAUUAAGUAUAUGGCUGAUGCUGAAUCGGACGAGGUUUUCGCAAAACUUAGGCUUAUUCCUUUGAAAGAAGAUGAUUAUGUUGAUCAUGAGUAUACUGAUGGCGACGAUAGUAACGGUUUCGAGAGUAAUAGUGAGAAAACGCCUUCUUUUGCUAAGACUCUUACUCAGUCUGAUGCUAAUAACGGUGGAGGGUUCUCUGUUCCUCGUUAUUGCGCUGAAACGAUCUUCCCGAGAUUGGAUUAUAAUGCCGAGCCACCGGUUCAGACGAUUCUUGCCAAAGAUGUUCAUGGGGAUGUUUGGAAGUUUAGGCAUAUCUAUAGAGGGACGCCUCGCCGGCAUCUUCUCACUACCGGGUGGAGUAAUUUCGUGAACCAGAAGAAGCUUGUGGCGGGAGACUCUAUUGUCUUCAUGAGAGCUGAGAAUGGAGAUCUUUGUGUAGGUAUUAGGAGGGCUAAGAGAGGAGGGAUUGGUAAUGGACCUGAAUAUUCAGCUGGUUGGAAUCCCAUCGGAGGGAGCUGUGGCUACUCUUCUCUUUUAAGGGAAGAUGAAAGCAAUACUUUGAGGAGAAGUAAUUGUUCGCUUGCGGAUAGAAAAGGAAAAGUGACGGCUGAAUCUGUUAUAGAAGCAGCCACUCUCGCUAUUAGCGGAAGACCGUUUGAGGUUGUGUACUAUCCGAGGGCUAGCACUUCGGAGUUUUGUGUCAAGGCAUUGGAUGCUAGAGCUGCAAUGCGGAUUCCUUGGUGCUCCGGUAUGAGGUUUAAAAUGGCUUUUGAGACUGAAGAUUCGUCUCGGAUUAGCUGGUUCAUGGGGACUGUUUCGGCUGUUAACGUCUCUGAUCCUAUCCGUUGGCCUAACUCUCCUUGGCGGCUUCUACAGGUGGCGUGGGAUGAGCCAGACUUACUCCAGAAUGUGAAGCGGGUUAACCCGUGGUUAGUGGAAUUGGUAUCCAACGUACAUCCGAUCCCGCUUACGUCGUUUUCGCCACCGAGGAAAAAGAUGCGGCUACCUCAGCAUCCGGAUUACAACAAUCUGAUCAAUUCGAUCCCAAUACCUUCAUUCCCAAGCAAUCCCCUCAUCAGAUCAAGCCCGUUAAGCUCUGUUCUGGACAAUGUUCCCGUGGGUUUACAGGGAGCCAGGCAUAAUGCUCAUCAGUACUACGGGUUAUCAUCUUCGGAUCUCCACCAUUACUACUUAAAUAGACCACCUCCACCACCUCCAUCAUCUCUCCCUCUUUCUCCUUCUCUCGGGUUGCGAAACAUCGAUAGCAAAAACGAGAAAGGCUUUUGCUUUUUGACAAUGGGGACAACACCAUGCAAUGAUACCGCAUCUAAAAAGUCCCACAUUGUAUUGUUCGGAAAGCUCAUACUACCCGAAGAGCAGCUAUCAGAAAAAGGAUCAACGGACACCGCAAACGUAGAGAAAACGCAGAUUUCAUCAGGCGGAUCAAACCAGAACAACGGCAUUGCGGGAAGGGACUUAUCUUCGUCAGACGAAGGAUCACCUUGCUCCAAGAAAGUUCAUGAUGCAUCGGGUUUGGAAACAGGGCAUUGUAAAGUGUUUAUGGAGUCGGACGAAGUAGGUAGAACCUUAGACCUAUCGGUUCUUGGUUCGUAUGACGAAUUGAGCCGGAAACUGUCAGACAUGUUUGGGAUCAAAAAGUCUGAGAUGUUGAGCUCUGUUCUCUAUAAGGAUGCAUCAGGAGCCAUCAAAUACCCUGGAAACGAACCUUUCAGUGAGUUCUUGAAGACAGCUCGGAGAUUGACGAUUCUGACUGAACAAGGAAGCGAGAGCGUUGUAAUAUAAAUUUGGCAGAGGUGUUUUCUUGGAGCUUGGAAGUCAAAGACAAAUCUUUAAUCUUUAAGCUUUUUUUUUUUUUUUUUAAUUUAUUUUGGUUCCACUUUUUUGGAUUCUGUAAUUUUCCAAAAUGCAAUGCAAUUCACAAUCUAUUUGCAAAUAAAAAUAGAUUCUUCGUCAAAA